GAACUUGUAGCCAUUCAAGAAACAUCGUUUCACUUCUAUUCGAGACAGCAAACGUGGUAGUCGUUUUCGGUUCAAUGUGAAAACCUGUUUUAAAACAUUCGAUUGAAGCGAGAGUCCGGAUAGUGGAGUUUACGAAACUAAACAAGCUGUUUUUAUGAAAUAACAAUUCACCGUUAAUGUGAGCUGAAGAAGUGUUUUGCCGAGAGAAAUAUUCAUCAAAGACUACGAACGAUUUCGACAGUGUAUCAAGUGUGGAGUGAACUAUGGUUAAAAUUGAUUCAGUAACCAUGAACGGACAAACAGUGUUUAGUGUGGCCAGAGCGCCGUUGAAGUCCAGUUUUUCGAUUAAUUCGAUCCUGCCGGAAACUGUCAUGCAGACUUCCCCGGCACAAACCCCGUCGCCAUCGCCUCACUCGUGUCAUUCGCCGAUCGGAUCAGAAGAACAGGAUCAUGAUUUCACCGAUACAGAAUCAGAUCUGGAUGUCACCGGAACGCCACCACCAAUGGAUUGCAGUACUAAGGAAAAAUCAGACGAUACCGAGGAAGGUGCUUCCAGUCCCAAGGAUGGCGAAAAGAAAGGCAACGAAAAACCUCCGUACAGUUACAAUGCGCUGAUCAUGAUGGCCAUUCGCCAAAGUGCUGAGAAACGAUUAACGCUCAAUGGAAUCUACGAGUACAUCAUGCGUAAUUUUCCAUAUUAUCGUGAUAACAAACAGGGUUGGCAAAACUCGAUUCGCCACAAUCUCAGUCUGAACAAGUGCUUUGUGAAAGUGCCUCGCCAUUAUGAUGAUCCAGGUAAAGGCAACUACUGGAUGUUGGAUGCAUCGGCGGAAGAUGUGUUUAUCGGAGGAACCACUGGAAAAUUGCGACGCCGCUCAACUGCAGCCGCCCGGAGCCGAAUGGCAGCCUACAAACGAUCAUUCCCCGGUUCAAUGUUUGCCCCGCUUGGCUAUCCGCAGUUCAACCAAUUCAUGUACCCGUCACCUGCCCACGCUCAAACGGCUCUGCUGGCACAAAUGUACUCGCGAAUGUCACCGUACGCACCAAGUAUAGCACCGAAACCAGCGCUGCCACUUCCGUUGCCACUGUCCGUCGGUGGUCCAGGUUUCGGUAUGGAUCGGCUGCUUGCCGCCGGAGUUCCACCCCAUCUACAGCACCAGCAAAUUACACCUCAUCAGCAAGCCCAAGCUGAACUAUACCAAAGACUGCACUAUCAGCAACUCCUCCAGCAUCACGCAGCUCAGGCUCAGGCUCAAGCGCAGGCCGCGCACAUGCAGCAGCUGAGUCCCACCGAAAGCCACCACCAGCAGCAUUCACCGACCCUGUCCAACCAAUCUCAGCCACCGCAAGGAUCUCCGACGGGGCCCACCAUCUUCAAGCCAAUCCCGAGGCAUAGUUGAGAAUCGCCAACCGUCGACGAAGAUACCUUCUAGUGCAAAUAUUUAUUUAUUAGUUAAAAUCAAGUCUACUUAGAGAGUUCUGCUGCAGAAAAAAAAAUAACAAGAUGGCAAACGCCACACCAGUGAUAUCUAGAAUUGCUGUUUUCAACUUUCCUGUGAACCCGCGUUUGAGGGAAGCUUGGAAUGUGCUCCAUUAUAGUGACUUAAUUAGUCUCACAGAUUAUGUUUUUUCCGUGAAAAACAAUUGUUGAGUAACUGUGACUUCUACCGUAGUUUGUUGAUGAACUGAUAUUUGUUGCAAUUGUAUAACGAGAACGAGAAUUCAAAGCAUUGUAAAUAUGUAGUAAGAAAAAAUUGUACAUUCAUUCGAUUACAAAAGUAUUAGCAAUUUUUUAGUAGGUAAGGCUGAUCAACUAUAUAAAUUAUAUUUUUUUCCAAAAAAGAACAAAAAAUCAAAUCAAAGUAUGAAAUAUAAAAAACACUAUUGAAAAAUUA